AUGGCUACAAUUAAAAAUAUGCCUUUGCGGCACUUGAGCUCUCUCGGUGGGUGUACGCGUCAUUGUGGGAAGCGGUACAUUACUAUAGUGAGCACCAGUGGACCAAAAGAAAAUUCUGGAAUCGAAAAAGGUCCACUGAAAAACGACUUUUCAAUUGUGGAACAACUUCAACGAUACAAAAAUACAUUUCCCGAAGAUAAGGGGGCCACCAAGAGUAUAAACGAGUAUCUUCACCAUCGAAAGACCGGAAACAUAAAAGAAUUGAGGCUUGGUAUCAAGUAUAGUAGUGCCAAAGUGGCCCAUCUGUCGAGAAUUAUAGAGGCUAUACUAGCGGAGCCAUUGGCUGCUGGAAACCAAGAAUGGCUUCGUGAUAUUGCCCAGCGAGAUCGCAGUAAGAAUGCGACCUUCAGAUUUAGCCAGGAAGUCAAUGUUGACGAAGAAACCAAUACUUUUUCAAUACCUUCAUCAAUGCUCUCUGCGGAAAUCCGGCCAGUAUUUUCUGAGAUUCUUGGAGCUCCAGAACAAUUGCAAGAUAUCGAGCUUGUGGAAUUGAAUGAGCUGACUGAAAGCUGUGUACUUGAGCUCCUAGUCACCGACUCGGUGAUAGUUUCUGGCGAGAGAGCAAACGCAGUGGUGGUAGACAACAGCGAGUAUACGAAAGCUUCGCUUCAAAAAUCACCAGUUUCGUUCUCAAAAUUCACUCCGAGUCAAAAUACCAUCAAGCUCGACUCCAGCUUGUAUCUAGAAGCCGUGGAAGCUUUUCUCAAGCACGACACAAAAGCCACCGACACUUUCGUCAGUGGACUCCAAAACAGCAACAUAUACGAGCUCCAGAAACUCUUAUCGUGGUAUCUGAGACCACUGGUCACCCAGAGAUUACUAUUAAAUGAUAUUGUCUCCAGAGUUGAGGCUAAUAAUUACGAAGUUGAAAAUGAUCUUCCAGAACACAUUAUCUCUCAGUUUCGAACUGACGCUCAUGGCGAGUUGCAGCGAGACUUUGAACCAAACCUUGCAUUUUUCUUCAAGAGAAAACUUCCAUGGUGGAAACUCUACCUCAAAAAUGACAAUGUGGAAUACGAGUUGAAGGACUACUUCAGCAAGAAUUUCAUGAACAAAACCAUCGAAGCCUACGGAUACACUCGGGGACGCAUUGUCACCUCUUUACAAAACCAAAAUGGACAGAAACCAACCGAGAAUUUUGAAAAUCCAAUUUAUGAUCUUCGUCAGUCCGUUAUCGAAGACCGUAUUUCUGCCGAAAUUCAGCCACAAGUAUACGCCAGAAUAACCCAAGCUCUCUUAUUCUACCAAGUGCCCUUGACUGCUAUAGCAUUUUUAGCGUACUGGCACUUUGACUUCACUGCUAAUGCUGCCUUAGCUUUGACAUCGUUGGGCAUUGUGGUUGGCUUCAACCAUGUUUCAAAGCACUGGACAAAACUUCAAAAGAAGUGGAGACAGGUACUAUACAACGAUAUCAGAGAGUGCAUCGAAGGACCAUGCCAGAACCAGUUGCUGAAGGAGCUUGCAUGGCAGUUGAACCAGAGAAAUUUGCGCAACAAAGUGAGAUCAGCUACGCUUGAAAGCUUACACCAAGAACGAAAUGGAAUAAAUAUAUCGAGCUAG